AAUGGCCCUGGGGAGCGCGGAACGAGCGCUUUCUCGGGGCUGGGGUCCUAGCUGGGCGUGGGCAAGAGAGAAGCACUGUGCUGGGCUGGGCUCAAGGGGUGGGAGUCCAGGGCCCUGGCCCAGCCUCCGGGCCUGGCCUAUUUUUAGCUCCGAGCAGCCUGGCAGAGGCGGCAGUGUAUGAGACUGUGUGAGCAAGUGUGUGUAUCAGGGAGAGUGAGCCUGUGCGUGGAGACGGUGACCACCCGCGGUCGCUACUACCACCCAUUUGCCAAAUAUUUGCUCGUUUGCUCGUUGCUCCAUCUCUUUUCGGGUUCUCUAUCCAUUUGCCUAGACAUCCCUGUUCCUAAAGACUAUCCAUUGCCCACAAGGUCACUUCUCUGUUUCCCCCAACCGGCUGCCAGGGCUCUGGCUGGGCCUCCCCACCUGAGAAAACUCUGACCUCUUGGGAUGGGCUGGAGAGAGUGUUCUUUCUGCUGCUCCAGCUGUUUGGUGGAAUAAGGUCUGAUGUGAAGGGAAAGGUUGGGUACACACGCUCUCCCUAUAACGUUAGCUUCCCAAAGUGUGGGGAGGGGUUAGGGACCUGUGUCUCCAUCCUCUCCCUGGCCUGUGGGGGGAGCCGGAUCUCCAGACCUCUAAGGUGUGACAGUAGGAGGGAGGGUGGUGGGACUGCAAACCUCCUGAGGAUGAGGAGGGUGGAGAGCCAGGGGCAUGGGGAGCGUCCCCCUGGGGUCAGGAAAAAGGCUAUUAUGCCUAGAGGCAGGGGGCCGGCUAAGAUAACCUCAGACCCAGGGAAAAGGGCCCAGGAGUGUGAGCUACGGGCUCAGGGGUGAGGUUCCAAGCAGAAAUGCCUUCCACUGGCACAGCCAGUGCUCACUGCCUGACGCCUGCCUCUGUUUGGCGUUAGAUGUGGCAGGUGUAGGUGUGUGUUGGGGGAUGGCAGGCCAGCUGGCCCAGGGUUCUGGGGAGCAGGGGAGGAGAAUGAGGCAGUGCUAUAGAGCCAGAGGGAAAAAGAGCUGGGACUUCAGCCUGCUUUUCUCUCGUCUUCAGAAAUCUGUGUCUGCUCAGCCUGAAAUUCUACCUGCAGUCUAACUUCAACCCCCCUUGCCGUGUUACCCAAGUGUGUAGGCAAAAAGUUCCAGGCUUGGCAGGAACACCUAACCCAGAGUGACAUGAGAGGGCGGCAGGGGUUGGAAACUCUGAGUUAUGGAGCACAGAGUGGCAGGGGAUGGAGGGGUGCCCGCAGCUACCAGGUCCUUGGCAUAACUGGUUUGGAAAGAAAUCAGAGGCAAAGGCACCAAGUGUCCUUGAGAACUAGGAUUUGUGAUCGGGGCAUGGAAAAUAGGAGACCGCCUACUCAUUUGCUAGUAGUUCAGGUGCCUGGGAGGUACUUCAGGAAGUCUAACUUUACUCCCUCCUCCUGUAGGACAUCAAAAUCCUCAAGGACUCUGAGUGCUUAGAAAUCUUGUCCAAGGCAAGGACAUUGGUUAAGGGACCUGUCCAAGAUCACAGAGCCCUGCUGCCCUCUCAGAGGUCCUUUCUGUCAAACUUGCAGACUCCUUCUCAGGCUCCCAACCCCCAUUAAUCCCCACCCCCACCGCACCCUCUCCCUCUCUCAGCUCCCCUCCCCCAGGGCAGGAAAGAAAUAGAGAGGAGUCCUGUCUCAGGAGAAGGAUGGCCUCACCCCACAUGCACGGAGCACACUUGCCCACCUGCUGGCCCCCAGCACGUUUGCACCAGGAAUAGCCAGCGACGGACUCACAGAUAAUGUCUAUGCUGUGCGUGCUUGUAUGCACACACAAACACACACACAGAACUGCCAGGGACCUUGAAAUGCCACCAGAAACAGAUGCUGCUGGAUUCUCCUAAGAAAACAGUCCCUACCCCAACCUACCCCCAUUCUAUGUACCCAUUUCUUCUUUGAGGUGUCCUUCUCUCAGAUUAACCCUGCCCCCCGCUAGGGCUGAUACCCACUUUCUGCCCUGGAGGGAGCCGCAGGGACUCCAACCCCACGGUACCCUUCGCUUUCAAGCCUCCAGAGAAACGGAAAAAACUACGUGUCCCAAGAGUCCUUGGACUGACUUCAACAACAGUCAACUUUAUUGGCAGCAAGACAAAAGAACAGAGGCAGGGAAAGGGGGCUCAGAGGCCCAGCAGGGAAUCCGCUCUUAUCUGUUACUUCCUUAGAAUCGGACCCCAGAGCCCAGGAUAAGAUUUUUCAGUUUAGCUUUAGUCCCUGACCAGGGUCCCGCCUCACGCUUCUCCUCAUAUUAUAUUUACCAUGCCAAGGAUUUCUCUAGGCCGUAUUUCCUGACAAAUCAGAAAGGCAGUGUGUACAAGGAUAGGGAGGAGAUGAGGGAGGGAGGGGCAUGGGCCAGGUGAAGGCACGUUCAGACCCACCUUCUCUGUGCUGUCCUCCCAGGCUGGGUGGGGAUCGAGGGGCGCUCUCCGCCGGUGCUGGCCCACCACAGGUUUAUGUCCAUUUGGGGAGUGGUCUGGGAGACUAAGGGGAAAGUUUUGUGCCCUCUCGGGUUAUUUCUGACCAUUGAUCCAGGAUGGACGGAAGGACAGCAGGCCAGAAAUCGAUGCAUUAGCGCAGAUAUAGCUGCUGAGAUGGAGAGCUGGGACCAGGACCCGGGGAGAUGCGGAGACAGAAAGGGGUUUGGGGAAAGCAGGGAGUGGAGGUGGUCUUCUGGGUCCCCAGGGCAGAGGGAUGGGCCCAAGAACGUCCACCCGGAGAGUGUGGGUUCAGUGUAACGUGGCACUUUUGGAGGUGUGCUAAGUGGGCGGCCUGGAUUAUGUUACCGAGUGUGCGCGGGGCUGCGAUGCUUCCACGUGUACUUGACCUCUUCCCUCAGAUCCGGAGGCGCCGCCCCACCCCUGCCACCCUCGUGCUGACCAGUGACCAGUCAUCCCCAGAGGUGGAUGAAGACCGGGUCCCCAACCCGCAUCUCAAGUCCACUUUGUCCAUGUCUCCACGGCAACAGAAGAAGGUGAUGAGGACCACACCCACAAUGAAAGAGCUCCAGAUGAUGGUCGAACAUCACCUGGGGCAACAGCAGGAGGGAGAGGAGCCUGAAGGAGCCGCCGAGAGCACAGGGACACGGGAGUCCUGCCCACCUGGGAUCGGAGACACAGCAGCGGAGUCGUGGCUGGGCACCUCUGGGAAAGCACACAAGCCUGCAGAAUCCAUCCCUAACACUCAGGAGAGGGGCAGUGAGAAACCCAGCACAGAGGAGCCCUCAACCCAUAGACCACCAUUGGAUUCCAAGGGAGCCAGUUCGGUCUGAGAGUGAAGGAGGUAUCUUGGAAUCAAGACUGCAGUUGGGAAUGCACGGACACUGGAUUUGUUUAUUUCUUCACUUUUGGGGAAAAUCUCUUGUUUUUAAAAGUGAUAAAUUUAGUGUUAAGUC